AUGCUGUCUCUUCGACCUUGCAUCAGCGGCAGCCGGCUACCAGUGGCGACGGGGCCUGUGCUGGUAGCAAUCGAGGCCAUCCCUUGCAUCGUCAGCAGGCGAGCGCAUGGUAAUCUUGCGAGCCAGAGACAACAUAGUUACGCCAGUCGACCAUCGAGUGCGCCUCUGCAAGUCUCACAAUUUCCGUCAUGCUCGAAAAGGCCAAUUGUCAAAUCUCUUGUUCCACCUAGAUGGCCAGGCAGCCGAGCGCUGCAUACGGCAUCGGCCACGCGCGAACCGGUAAUACACCAUGUCUUUGAAGCCAAAACUGGAACAUGGCAGUACAUAGUAGCAGACCCGUCUACACACUCCGCUGUCAUUAUCGAUCCGGUCCUGGAUUAUGACCCGGCCACCCAGGAAAUCACUACGCAGGCAGCAGAUGGUCUCCUUUCACUUAUCAAAGAGAAGGGAUACACGGUCCAGCGUAUACUGGAGACACAUGCUCACGCAGAUCAUUUGACUGCAGCAUCCUAUCUUCAAAAGAAGCUGUCUGAGGCUCAGGGAUUCAAACCACCCAUUGGAAUUGGCAAGCGCAUCGGACAAGUACAGAAUCUGUUCAGCCGCAGGUAUGGCAUCGACAAGCAAGAAUACGACGUCGUGUUCGACAAGCUAUUUGAAGAUGACGAAGAGUUUUCCAUUGGCGAACUCACCGCUAAAGCCAUCCACCUUCCCGGCCACACGCCCGAUCAUCUUGGCUAUCAUAUCGGAAAUAACGUGUUCUGUGGAGAUUCCCUGUUCCAUGCAGACAUCGGCACCGCCCGCUGCGAUUUCCCUGGCGGCAAUGCCAGAGACCUCUUUCGAUCUGGUCAGAAGCUCCUAGCCCUUGACGAGCAAGUGAAGAUCUGGCCGGGCCACGAUUACCCACCUGAACCUCGAGGCUCGCCCGUGCCCUGGAUGACAGUCGGAGAUCAUAAGAAGCAGAACAAGCAUCUCGGUGAGGCUAUUUCUGAGGAAGAGUUUAUUGCGAUGCGUGAAGAGCGUGAUGCGAAGCUAGCUGCGCCGCGAUUGCUUCAUCAGUCGCUGCAGGUUAAUAUACGCGGCGGGCAUCUGCCACAGGCUGGGGAGUCCGGACAUAGGAUGCUUCAUCUUCCUUUGAAGCUGAAUGGGUUGGAGUGGUAA